AGGCGCACUGGCGCCGCGCCCCCCCCGAGUCACCUUGGGUCGCCGCCGGUGCCGGACCCCGCGCCCCCCCCGCGCCCCCGGGACCACGGCCCGGCCGUCAUGGCGGCGGUACCGGCGGCCGAGAGGCCCAAGACCUCCCCGAAAUCCGUCAAGUUUCUCUUCGGCGGCCUGGCCGGGAUGGGGGCUACAGUCUUCGUGCAGCCCCUGGACCUGGUGAAGAACCGGAUGCAGCUGAGCGGGGCUGGGGCCAAGGGCCGGGAGUACCGGACAUCCCUGCACGCCCUGGGCUCCAUCCUGCGCCACGAGGGACUGAGGGGCAUCUACACAGGGCUGUCAGCGGGGCUGCUACGCCAGGCCACCUACACCACCACCCGCCUGGGCAUCUACAGCGUCCUCCUGGAGCGUUUUGGGGGGGCUGACGGGACCCCCCCUCCCUUCCUAGCCAAGGCAGCCAUGGGCAUGACUGCAGGGGCUGCGGGGGCCUUCGUGGGGACCCCGGCUGAGGUGGCCCUCAUCCGCAUGACAGCUGAUGGCAGGCUACCCCCCGGUGAGCGCCGCGGGUACCACAAUGUGUUCGACGCCCUCGUGAGGAUGGCGAGGGAGGAGGGGGUGCUCACACUGUGGAGGGGCUGCAUCCCCACCAUGGCCCGUGCUGUGGUGGUCAAUGCCGCCCAGCUCGCCUCCUACUCCCAAUCCAAACAAUUCUUGCUCGACUCUGGGCAUUUCCGUGACGACAUCCUGUGCCACUUCUGCGCCAGCAUGAUCAGCGGGCUGGUGACCACGGCCGCCUCCAUGCCCGUCGACAUCGUCAAGACCCGGAUCCAGAACAUGCGGACAAUAGAUGGGAAACCCGAGUACCGCAACGGGCUGGAUGUGCUGCUGAAGGUGGUGCGGUACGAGGGCUUCUUCAGCCUCUGGAAGGGCUUCACCCCCUACUACGCCCGCCUGGGCCCCCACACCGUGCUCACCUUCAUCUUCCUCGAGCAGAUGAACAAGUGGUACCAGCGGCUCUUCCUCAGUGCCUGACACCCCCGGGGGGGUCGGGGGGAUCUGACCCCAUCCUGUGGGCUCUCCAGGGGCACUUGACCCCCAGUGAAGGGGCUUUGGGGGUGUCUGACUUUACCCUCAGGUGCUGUGGGGGUGCCUGACCCCCCCACACCACCAGGGGCUGGGGGGAGGUGGCUCUGCAGGAGUGCCUGACCACCCCCAUCAAGGCUAUGAAGUGGCCCUGGGGCCCUAUGGAGGGGUCUUGGGCCCUAUAGGGGUGCAGGACCCACUCCUUGGGGCUGGAGGGAUCCCUGGGGCCCUACAGAGGGGCUCUGGACCUGAUGCAGGGGUGGUGGGUCCCUCCUGUGGGGACACCAGGGGAUGCCUUGUCCCUGUGGGGCAGCCCUCUAGAGACUGUAGGGUGCCCUCCCCCUGUGCUCCCUUCCCACCCCUCUGGGGGUUUUGUUACCAACCAGUAUCAAGGUCACAGUGUGGGGCAGGAGCCCCCUGAAAUUCCCCCCCUCCCCUCCCCCAGCACCCUCCACCCUGCGCUUCGUUAACGAAUCAUGGAUCGUGAUCAUGUAAUUAAAGCAAGACCCACGGACA